GCUUGAGUUCUUUGUUUCGGUCUUUCUCGCGCUCAUUAGUGAGAAAAUUGGGGUGUUAUUUUAUUAUUUGUCGCCUGGGCAACAAAACAAGAAAAAAUAGAAUGAAUUUAUACCAGAAGAUGGCUUUGAAGAACAAGGCGUGCAACACGUACCAUUUGGAGUCGGCGAAGCCUUUCCGUCCGUGCGAGAUCAAAAGGCUGGUCGACGAGCUGCUCGAGCAAACCUUCAGCGCCGAACCUUUUCCUCCGAACGCCCUGCCAGGGCUCGCCCAGCGCCUCGCCACACAACUCAGGGAGAAAAUCCUCGAAUUCGACUUUCAAAGGUACAAGUUCGUGGUGGUGGUGCACACGAUGGACAAAAUGAACCAGGGGGUGAGCAUCGAGAGCAGGCCGCUGUGGGACUGCGAGCGCGACAACCACCUCACCGCCACCUACCAGACAAAACAGCUUGUGGCCGUCGCAACUGUCUUUGCAGUAUAUUACGAUUGA